UUGGCCAGAUAUAAAAACAUAGAUACUGGGUAGGCAGGGCAUCAGUCGACCCUUGCAGCUCAGACAGUCUAAAGUGCAAAAUGAAGCAGUUCCUCGUUCUCACGUGCCUGGUGGCCCUCGCAGUCGCCGCUCCCCAGGGAUACAAGUACCAGCCCCAGGCGCCCGCCCUUCCCAUCGGCAACCUGCGUCCGCAGACACCGGUCUCGCAAAGUGGAAUAUACUCCGGUGGCGCACUCUCGACUCUGGGCCAGAUCCAGGCUGUGCAGACCAUCGCAGCUGCUCCUGCUCCGGCUCCCGCUCCCGCUCCUGUCCUCUCCCUUGCUCCCGCUCCCCUGCCCAUCGUGCAGCAGCAGCCGCAGCAGAUAGUCUACCAGCAGCCGCAGCAGCAGCUGCAGCAGGUGCAGCAGCUACAGCAGGUGCAGCCGGUGCAGCAGGUGCAGCAGGUCGUCCAGACCCAGUAUGUGCAGAGGCCGGCGAUCGUCACGAAGGACAUCUACAUCCACUCCGCACCCGAGGAGACCGAGGAGCUGCGCCAGGACGAGCCCCAGCUGGAGAGCGUGCCCAUCCGCAAGAACUACCGCAUCGUGUUCAUCAAGGCGCCCUCCCAGAACCUGAAGCACACCGCCGCCGCCCUGAAGCGGGCCCAGUCCAGCAACGAGGAGAAGACCGUCAUCUACGUGCUCUCCAAGAAGCCCGACCUCACCGAGAUCCAGCAGCAGCUGCAGGUCACCCAGUCCGAGGCCAAGGUGCACAAGCCCGAGGUCUACUUCAUCAAGUACAAGACCCAGGAGGAGGCCCAGCGCGCCCAGCAGGAGAUCCAGGCCCAGUACGACGCUCUGGGCGGCGCCACCCACAUUUCGGACGAGGGUGUGGCCCCCAUCACCAGCGUGUCCAGCGGCUCCCUCAACCUGGGCGGCUUCGGGCCGCAGCAGUCGCAGGCUCCAGUCCUUGUCCAGUCCCAGCUGCCGGCCCUCAGCCAGGGAAUCCAGCAGCAGAGCUCCUUCGUGCAGCAGUCCUCCGGCUCGUUCGCACCCUCCGUGCCGUCCAGGAAGUACGUGCCGGCCAAGACCUUCAAAUGAGAGGUGUGCCCUGCCCACCCACAAUCGCUCCAUCUUUUGUUUAUACCCCAUUUUAGUUCAUUUUAAUUUAUUGUAAGUGCGAGAGAAGAGUCGAAUAAAGAAACGUCGAUCGAAA